AAAUUUACUUGGUAUAUUAGUAAUAGUACCUACUACCAAUACUACUAUUAAAAACACACUACACAACAACAAUAAAAAAAGUGGUUUUAAAGUAAUCAAGAUACUCUGGCAAGAAAGCACAGGUGAGAAAGACAUUUUUAAGUAUUCUAAAAUAUUGAAGAAGGUGGGUGGUGAAUGGUGAUCAGUGUUUAUUAAUGGAGGAAGUAGGCCUGUAGGGUGAGAGGUGGCAGUUGGCUUCUGUUUAGGGGUUGAAAGAGUUAAGAGCAAAACCAAGAAGAUAAGUACACUUAAAUCUGUUGAAAAUUCAAACAAAUAUUAAGAAUUUUCAAAGAAUCUUGAGAGUUUGUGGGAAGGAGACAGGCACAAGUCCAUCCCAACAUCCCUCUCUUCACCCCCAGACUUCCGGCCAAAUCUUUAAGGUAAAAUGACAGCUACGUUUGAUAGUUUCUGUUGUCUUUCAGCCUGAGAAGAAGACAGUCCAUAGGACAUUGAGUUGUUCAAAGCUUAAAAGCAUCUCUUUGCCGGAAAGGUCUCUUUUCCUUUGAUUUGUAUAUAUUUGCACUUUACAUUUUUGCUUACCAUAAUAGUGGCUGGAAAACCUUUUGAGGCGUCUCCUUGGGCUACAUGUUCAAAGUUCUAGACAGAGGCCAGACUGAGUUUACAAAUAUGCAUGACUUGCUGAAGGAAGAGUUUGUAUUAAGCACUGCUGAUUCAGUGGCCCCAUGCAUCAUUGGCUCCUCACCUUGGUGGACGUCCGCCAAAUCACACAUAGAUAAUUCAUAUGCUGAACAAUCAUGUCUAUCAAAAAGUUUGAGUUUGAAGAUGGCAGCCCAAUCUUCAUACUGUCAGAGUUUUAAACAACUGGAAUUCCGAUUCCAAGACCUGGACCUGUCCCCAACUCAGUCGUCUAGUCAGUCAUACCCUGAAGUGGCUGGUGCUGCAGCAAGCAACCUAUGUGGACAAGACAUGAUCUCUACAAAGUCCAGUUACAAGACAAUCCAUGAAAAACUUGAUUUCAGCAAAGAAAUUUUGUCAAUGCAAGCUCGCGAUUAUGUUUGUCCUCCUCUGGUUGAUUUCAGACAGCAACUUGAGAGGGUUCCACUUUCAUAUCCUGAUCCAUACUGUCAUGGAUUACCUUCUACUGGGACAGAACCAAUGGAGGUCUAUCAUCCCCAUAUAACGGCUGCAGCUUCUGCUCGAGUGCCACUACCAAAUGACUUUUCUCAAGAUGAACCUAUAUAUGUAAAUGCCAAACAAUAUGGUGCAAUUCUAAGGCGAAGAGAAUAUCGUGCCAAGCUGGAGGCUCAGAAGAAACUCAUAAGAAACCGAAAGCCAUAUCUCCAUGAGUCGAGGCAUCUUCACGCCCUGAAGAGGGCUAGAGGAUCUGGAGGUCGUUUUCUCAACAAAAAGAAGCUUGAAGAUUCUAACCCAAUCUCAGAAUCAACUCAAUCCCAAACGUGCAGCACAAUACUAAAAACAGAACUUCAUUGUUCACCUAAGACCUACGAUAUAAAUCCUUCGCCCACAGGCUGGUGCUAUGACAUGAUGACCAUUUCAGACAAUGACAGCUGCAGCAUCUUCCAGCAGCAAGAAACAAGUUUCUCUUCUUACCCUGCUCAUGUUGGGAUGGAUCUACGCGGUGGAAAGCCAACAAAGUCUUGCAGUAGUCUUGAAUUUGGCGGCAUUAGCUCCAAAGGUUAGAUUGUUGGUUUAGAGGGAAAUCAUCCUUGGCUAAGUUCAUUCAUUUAAUAACCAGUGUUCUUGCUGUUCAAACAGACGAGAAAAAGCUGAACUAUUUCCGGGCAUUCUUUAGCUACAUUGUGUAUUUGUGUUAUUGAUUCUGAAAUAUUGAAGUUGCACCCA